AUUUUUUUCGAUUUAAUUUGUUUUCAUUUCAUUUUACAGAACAAAUUUGAUUACGAAUACGGAUCGUUCACGAACGUCCUAACUGCGACUCUCAAGUUUAUCUCAAGCUGCAUUUUCAAGCAAAACGAAAUUGUUUCAUGUAUUUUAUGUAUUCGUAUAUAAAUUUAUAUCGCUUUGUUAUAUAAAGAAAAUAAUAUAAAAUUGCAUCUGUGUGUUUGUGCAUUUCAUUUCGUCGUAAUUUAUUGGUGCCUCUGUAUGUUUUACUCGGAUAAAUUAGCCUAUAGCAUAUUUUUGAACAGUACGUUUCCUAUAGUCUUCGGAAAAGUAUUACAAAAUUGUUGUGAUAAAUUUUGCUUGAUAUUACUGGUGAAAUUUAUGGAAAAUCAAUGAGUACCUGUAUGUUAUUGCCCACGUCAGUUUUAAGCACUUAGGUUCCAAAAGGAGGAUUCACUGCGUGGAUGUACGGCAGACGUAAUUACACGAUUGUUUUGCUCAUUAAUUAAACAGCAAUAUGGUAAAUGAUAAAAGCGACGAUACGAAAGCAGAGAAAUCUAAUGAGAAUGAAAAUCACUCAAAGAUGACAGCUGCAGAAGAACGAUCAGAAUAUUUCAAAAAAUUAGAAAAAUGGUUACACGAAGCUUAUGCUUGGCAGAGUGUAGCUGCAAUGUUUCCGUACUACCUUAUGUCUGGCCAAAUAAUAAAUCCAACUACUGGUGUGCCACCAUUCCCGUCACAAAUACCGAAUGUGACAAAUCCGCAUAGGUUAAUUAUCAAUACGAACAGUCAGGAAAAUGAUCAGCUCAGACAGAGAAGGGCCCAAGAUACCGUAGGAACCCCGUUCCAACCUCCUGGAGCUGAAGGUUUUGAAUAUCGUAUACCUCCAAUAUGGAAAAGAUUUGCUGCAGAACUUAUAGAUUCAACAAUGUUGUUUCUGUUAAAAUUGUGCAUUACUUUCAUUGCAAUUGAUGUUUUUGAUUUCAUAGACAUAGAUGAACUAGAUCUGGUAAGAGCCAAUUUUCGUAUCGAUUACAAGAUGGCUUUAGAAAUGACAUAUGGAAUAUUAGUAUUAGACAUCAUUCAUCGUUUGAUAGUGUGCAUUUUUGAAGCAUUUUGGCUCCAGCAUGGCGUGAAUGGUCGUAUCGGUGGUACAACGCCAGGAAAAUCUAUGAUGGGAUUACGAGUCGUCCAAUGUCGUAGCGUUACACCCGUCGAUCGACCCGAUGAUCCUGACGUUGUACUUGUUUCUCCAGGAACAGAUUUAGGCUUACCACUUGCGCUUGGACGAUCGGUAGUGAAAAACAUAAUUCUAGCAUUUUUGUUUCCAUUAUGUUUCGCAUUAUAUUUCUUCAGAUUUAACAGAACUGUUUAUGAUCUUAUCUGUAAUUCUAUCGUGGUCGAGGAUCCCUACAGAAAUUUAAAUAAUAAUAGACUCCAUCAACAGUAAUUUGUUUUAUAAAUUUGGAAAAAAAAGGGUUGAAUUUAAGUUAUGUUGUAUGUGUGCGCGGGCGUAUAUAAUAUGUACAUAAGUGUUUAAAUUGAAUAUAACACUGUUACAAAAUAUUUUUCUAUGGUACACUCUGAUUUGUAUGUGUAACAAUGUAACAAGACAAAUUAUUCAGCUUAUUGAAAUAGGUAUUUACAGGUUGUUUAAAAAGGCACACUUUAUCACUAUGAUACAAACUGUACAAAAUCUGACUGUUGCAGUUAUUAAUAAAUCAUUUUAUAAUUUA